GAGCUGUACAAGGACCGUCAGAAGUUCUCUGAACAGGUAUUCCAGGUGGCCUCGUCCGACCUGGUGCACAUGGGGAUCAGCGUCGUCAGCUACACCCUCAGGGACAUCCGGGAUGAGCAGGAGUACCUGCAGUCUCUGGGGAAGGGUCGCACAGCUCAGGUGCAGCGCGACGCGCGCGUGGGCGAGGCCGAGGCCAAGAGGGACGCGGGGAUACGCGAGGCUCUGUCCAGGCAGGAACAGGUGUCUGCUGAGCUGCUGAGCGAAGCUGCCACGGCCGAGGCCCAACGAGACUUCCAGGUGAGACAACUCACCUGUGACAGCGACGUGAGCGCCCACCGCGCCCGGGCAGACCUGGCGUACCAGUUGCAG